AUGCCAAAAAAAAGAGUUGCAGCACCUCUUUCUACAGACGCUGUAGCUACUAAAGAAAGGAGAAAAAAUAAUAAUGCAUCGUCUGAUACAAUAGAGUUUUAUGAAAAAGAAAAUUAUGAUGAAGCUGUUUUUAUCCCCGAUCCAGAUGAUUCUGGAGAAUACGAUGUUGAUGGAUCUGACUCUGAAAUAAGUGAUUCAGUUAUACAUGUAAUGAGUCGUCAUGAAUUUGAGAAAAUAAAAUCCAAACUAAAAUUAUCAAAACCUGAAGAUGAAAAUCCUAACGACAAAGUUUGGCGUGUGCGAAAUAUUCUAGAAAUGUUUAGGAAAAAUAUCAAUAAAUUUGGAAUUUUUUCGACGGCCCUUUCAGUAGACAAAAUGAUGCUUAAAUUUUAUGGAAGAACGUCGUUGAAGCAAUUUAUAAAAUUAAAGCCCAUUAAAUUUGGCAUAAAAAUGUGGGGAUUGUGUAAUGCGAAUGGAUUUAUGUUUGACUGUGACAUUUAUUUCGGCAAAAAUUCCGACAAUGACUUCUUACCAAAGUGUGCGUUGGGAAGUCGUGUAGUCAUGCAAAUACUUCAAAAGUUGCUACAAAGUGUACCGACCAGAAAGUUGAGUCAAUUCUAUUUUGACAAUUUCUUUUGUUGUCCUGAUUUAUUGGUGCACUUAUGCAGAUUUGGACUACGAGCAACUGGCACAGUACGAGAGAAUUGCAUCAGUGAAAAAACAAUAUUGAUAAUAAAGCUAAAAGAGCCUAUUUUAAACAGUAUAUUGUUCGUUUGGACCACUAUGCGGUGGCGUGCCCUCGGCGUGAUUCCUCCAGAGGAUCGUCUUGCAUUAACGCUGUAUCCUGACGGAGUCGGUAACCUCGCAGCUCAGGGACGGCAACACGCAGCGGGGCCCGACGCACGGCUCGGCGGGAAACUCUUGGCGAGGUGUCCCGUUCACUAUCGGAAAGAACAGCCAGGUCGCCUCCCCCUCGGCUCGACGAGGAGUAGCUCCCGACCACUUCCUCGGUCGGACUUACGCCCUUGUGACGAACGCGCCACGUCACAAUAUAAAAAAAAAACUGAUAUUUCUUUCCCUAAUGCUUUUUCGGCCUAUAAUAAAUUUAUGGGCGGCGUAGACAUACAUGAUAAGCGUUGUAACAGGGUCAUGCCUAUUGUACGCUCAAAAAAGUGGACAUGGGUUAUUCUAAUAAGAAUAAUUCAGGCUUCUAUCACUAACGUUACAAUUCUAAAAGAUAUAACAGAUCCACAGGAUAAAAAACAUAGUACUAAAGAUGUUGCACUAGAACUGAGCAAAGAUUACAUGAAAAAAACGAAUAUGAAAAAACACGAAACCGAGUCAGUUAGCUUACAGAAAUAUUGUUCAACAAAAACAAACAUGUAAAGUAAGAACAAGAAAAUUUUGUAAACAUUGUAAUCUAUAUUUUUGUAAGACAUGUUUUGAAAGCAGAGAUGGGCGAAUUUGUAAUUGACUAUUACCAAAUUACAAAUGCUCAAAACAAUGAAUAAUUAAAUGUGAUUUAAUUACACAUUACUUUGAACAUUUGUAAUUAAACACCAUUGAAUUACUAAUUUGUUUGAACAUUUGUAAUGGAUGUUCAAAGUAAUUAAAUUACACUAUUGUAAUGUAAUUACAUUUGUGUAAUUUAUUUAUACAUUUGUGUAAUUUAAUUACAUUUGUGUAAUUUAAUUACAUUUGUAUAAUUUAAUUACAUUUGUGUAAUUUAAUUACGUCUGUAUGUGUAAUUUAAUUACAUUUUAAUUUUUAUUCGAAUUGAGUUAACAUAAGUUCAUAACUUAUGAAAAAUAUCUUAUGCAUGGGAGAAAGCUUUUCUUUCAGACUCGUAUGAUUGCCGCCCAAGCAGAAGGCAAAUUUCACGAUCGUCUAAAAAAUGUCGCUUUCUCCGCUAGAUACACAAUAUAUUAUUUUUGCAGUAUGUACAGUAUGUACACUCUCACGUUCUCUUUGUCGUUAACUCAAUUCGAAUAAAAAUUAAAAUGUAAUUAAAUUACACAGAUGUAAUUAAAUUACACAAAUGUAAUUAAAUUACACAAAUAUAAUUAAAUUACACAAAUGUAAUUAAAUCACGCAAAUGUAAUUAAAUCACACAAAUGUAAUUACAUUACAAUAGUGUAAUUUAAUUACUUUGGACAUCCAUUACAAAUGCUCAAAAUAAUGAGUAAUUAAAUGGAACUUAAUUACAAAUGCUGAAAAUAAUGGAUAAUUAAAUGGAUUUCAAUUACAAAUUAUAAAAGUAAUAUGUAAUUGAAUGUGUAAUUUGAAGACAAAAGUAUUUGCUGCUACCCA